AUGGUGACUCAACUACUAUUGAAAAGUGGCACCUUGCUUGUCCAUGAUGAGAAAAACCGGGUGGCUCCUCUGCGUGCGGACCUUCUGAUUGAAGGCGAUCGUAUUAGCAGGAUUAGCGCUGGUAUUGAAAUAUCCAAAUCAAUGAAGGUAAUUGAUUGCGAUGGUAAAAUUAUAUCUCCAGGCUUCGUCGAUACCCACCACCAUGUCUGGCAAUCUCAGCAAAAAGGACUCCACGCGGACCAGAUCCUCCUUGACUACUACCACAGUGGCAAUUUGGCUUCCUCCCAUUACACCCCAGAGGAUGUAUUUUGGGGCCAGCUAAGCGGUCUCUUGGAAGCGGUCGACGCUGGAACCACAACUAUUGUGGACCACGCUCAUCUAAAUUACUCUUCUGAUCAUAGCAGAGAAGCUAUUCGUGCAACAGUUGCGUCAGGUAUUCGCUCUGUGUUCUGCUACUGCGCGCAUCCCAGGGUAGCCACCUGGCAACCAGAAUUGGCAUUCGAGAAAGAAUGGUUCCCGGACUGGGUCAUGGCCACAUUUCGGCAGCUUGCUACUAUGCAGCCUUUUGGGCUCAACGGCCGCGUACGCCUUGGGUUUGCAAUUGAUGCAGCCUUAGUCCCGCCAAGUGUAUUGAAAAGCGUGUUUCAUGAGGUUCGGGCUCUAGGUGCUCAGUUAAUCACCUCCCAUGAAACGCGACUACGUAUGCUAGAUAAUAUGCCCUCUGCAGUUAAAGUUAUGAUGGACAAUGAUCUACUUGGACCCGACAUCCUCCUCUCCCAUGCCAACCAUACAGACGCACAUGAAAGGAGUUGUAUUCAAAAUUCGGGUGCACAUAUAUCAAGUACACCUGCCACUGAGAUGCAGAUGGGACAUGGUGACCCAAUUGCUUUGCAGCCAGAUAUUUUCGCAUCGUCUUCACUAGGGAUAGAUUGCCACACGGUCUGCAGCUCCUUCUUGCCCUCGCAAAUGGUCACUUUAUUGCACACUACUCGAUCUCGCAGGUAUGUCGACUUGAUAGAAAAGAAUGAAUGGGACGCCUCCGUGGGCCCUACUGUGGAGGAUGCGUUUAAUCUUGGGACAAUUUUAGGUGCCAAAGCAAUUGGUCUCCAAGACGAGAUUGGUAGUCUGAAAGUGGGAAAGAAGGCCGACAUCGUAAUCUUCGAAGGAAGGACCCCCAGUAUGCUCUCGGUAUCGGAACGUCAUCCAGUAGCUGGUAUUGUGUUGCAUAGUUCAGUGAGGGACAUUUCCACUGUCAUUGUAGAUGGAGUUAUCACCAAGCGAAAUUACUCACUAUCGCCUGUUGUCUCUCCGAGCGAGUUAUACGGGAAAGACUCAACUCCACAAAAGGAAGACACUCUAACUUGGGAACAAAUAGCGACAGAGGUAGAAAGGAGUAGGGAGCGUCUCCAGCGCACUAUUGAAGAGACCGUUAACCCAGAUACAGCUAGAGAUGGAUUGAUCCGGUCAUUCCUGGAAGAUAUUAGCCGAAUUCGUUGA